GAAACGCGGGCGCCAACUUCGCCCUGCCCCAGCAUAGCGGCUUGAACGAAGCGCUGCUCAGUACCGGUAGCCCUGGCGACUGGGUAUGGGUCUCUCAGACCAUUACUGUGUGCCCGGACAUGUUUUAUGAUUUCAGCGCCUGGGCACGACCCAGGUACCGAGCAUCCGGCACCGGCGUCCCAUGCCAGCUGGUCUUCCUGGGGGAUGGCGUAGAGUUUGCGAGGACGGCACUAGUGAGACCUGCCAACGCCGCUGCAAACAUCUGGCUCGAGACGAUGGCGACGGGCGUUCAGCUCAGCAGCAGCACGGUUGAUUUUAGCAUGCGGUUGUCGUGCGAGGGUGUGCCGGCAAAUGAUCUCUUCGGUCUAUGGCUAGAUGAUGUUGCGCUUACGGCGGCGACGACGUCUGCUGCGGUGCAGUCUGCCGCUGCGAGCUCCGCGGUAGCGUUAUCGAGUUCGGACAUACACGCCCACGCCCACGCCCACGCCCACGCCCACGCCCACGCCAUCUGCUACUACAAGCUCCGCGAUAGCUGCAUCGAGUUCGAACAUGCCAUAAAGGUAUGGUGUUUUGGGGGAGUACGCGCGUGCUUGGAGUGGAGGGUGUGUGUCCGGAGGGAGAGCUAGCGUAAACGCAUCAUGAUUUCUCCUUAGACGAUUUUAGUUUAGCGGCGGAGAACGGCGGAUGAAGUAGAUGCGCUGGUGACUUUGUUGGAGAUGAGUUGUGUGUAUAUAUUACCGUUAUACUUGUAUGUAUCAAAAUACUAGUAGGAUUCGAAUCAUGAGAU